UCUGUCGUUCAUUGUACCCAAACCUCGACGAUUCUUGGAUGGCCAGUGGAUAAAGAACUAUGCAUGCCUGCGAAUAUGGGAUCUGUGAACGUGAACUGGGGAUUUCCCGAAGAUAUUUUGUGUUCGCCACUUGAUCCAAUCAAAAGUGUUCCCAUGGAUUUGUGAUGCUCAAAGUUGGGUGGUGGUGGCUAAUGUGUUCAAGAAUUACUAACAGGUUCCUCUUCGGCCGAUAGCGUAAAGAUGCAAUGCGUUGACUCCGGUUGAGGACCUCCAGUGAUAUAAAUAGAAGGAUUAUUAGUAUCAGGAUUGAAGAGGACAAGAACUUCACCAUAAACUAUGGAAGUGAGACAACUAUCAGUGAGGUUUAUUUGCCUUCUGCUUUUGAGCGUAUUAAUUAGCGUUGUGGUGUCGCAGGAAGUGAUCAAAGACAAGGAUGGAGCUGGGAAAAAACUGCGGGUGUGCGUCGUUGAAGGCCUCGGGCUGUACAAGAAGGGCGCCCAGAACUGUCCGGUGCUGGAGGCCAAAUCCAACAUCGAAUGUGUCUACGGUGUGGACCGUUUGGACUGUCUGCGAUUGAUCCAGAAGGGGACGGCCCAUUUUGCUGUCUUCUCUCCCGAGGAUUUGAUUGCCGCUCGAUGGACGGGAGCGGAGAUUUUGAUGACCAGCGAGCUGCGUUUCCAUAAUGAAUUCUUUGAGUAUCAAGUUGUUGCUGUGGUCGACAAUGAGGCUCACAUAAAUACAGCUCGAGAGUUGAAGGGCAGUAAAUUCUGUCAUCCGGGACACGGAAUUCAAAACCACUGGACGGAAGUGCUGGCUGAUUAUUUCGAGACCAAACUGGUACCUAGAGAGUGUGAAGAGGAUUUGUCACCGAUUGAGUCUAAAAUAAAGGCUGUUGCCGGCUUCUUCGGGCCAUCCUGUAAGGCUGGGCCAUGGGUGUCGGAUCCUGAAGAGGAUCGUGCGCUAAAAAAUAAAUACCCUUCAUUGUGUCAGUUAUGUUACAAUCCUUACCAGUGCGGUAUCGGUGACAAGCAUUGGGGUCGACGUGGUCCCCUGUACUGUUUGACAAGCGGUGCCGGCGAGGUGGCUUGGGUUCGUUUGGAUGAUGUUAAGAGUCAUUUUGGAUUUAGUGGAUUACCACCAGAAGCCGAUCCUGCUGGUUAUAGUUUCCUGUGUCCUGACGGACAUUUGCAGCCCUUGGAUACUAGAAAACCUUGUGUUUGGUUAGCAAAGCCGUGGCCCGCUGUGGCUGCACAAAGAAACAUUGCCAUGCGUGUUCAAGAUACAGUCGCUGGACUGAAUCAUGAUGAUAUUAAUAGCUGGCAGAAUGCGUUGCUGAUGAUUUUGGAAACGUACCACGUUAAUGUAACGACACUGGACAACACAAUUCCUGUGGAUGACUAUUUAGAUCAAGCAGUUGGAUUCCAAGACGCCUACAGUUUUCCCUCUUGCAAUCCACCGAGAUCGAUUUUAUUCUGUACCAAAUCUCUACUGGAACUGGCCAAAUGCUCGUGGCUGCAGGAGGUAGCAGCUGUGUACGGAGUAGAACCGAACAUUCAAUGUAUGAGGGCGGAAUCGGAGGAUAGCUGUUUGAAAAAUGUUCAGCAUAAGAUGUCCGAUGUUGUUGUGGUGGAUCAGGAUACUCGACUCCGAGCCGAACGAGAUUAUCAGUUGAAGCCAAUCUUAUUCGAAUAUUCACCAGCUUUGGACGAAAAAUAUGUCAUAGUUGCAGUGAUAAGAUCAGAGUCGAAAUUUAAAACUGGCUUUGACCUUAGAGGUAAAAAAGCAUGCUUCCCGAGUUUUGAAGGAGCAGCAUACUUAUCGGUAUUGGAAUCUUUAAUGAAUCACACCAACUUGAUUGAUGAAUGUACUGAUACCAGCCGAUAUUUUUCGAGCAAAUCCUGUAAUUGGAAUGAACGCGAUUCAUGUGGAAGUAUUUACAAUGGAGAAGAAGGGGCUCUACGGUGUCUUCUAGAAGCUAACGGCGACGUGGCUUUUAUAAGCUACGACACUUAUAAAAAGUUCAAAGCUAAAGAAAUACAUUUCGCUCGCAAUCAUAACCCUUCGGAAUUCACGUUAUUCUGCCCAUUCAAUAAACCAUUGAAAGCCAAGGCCGUUUGUUAUCUCAAUUGGGUAUCGCAAGGUCACAUCUUAGUAAGUGAAAGUAUUUCAAAUCUUCGUGAGAAGGAAAUAUACAAUUCUCUACGAGAGAUUGACCGCUUGUUGGGCAAAAAGAAUAGAGUUACAACUGCUCCGUUCACUCUGUAUGGAUCAUUUGAUCGGAGAAAGAAUGUCAUAUUUAGAGAUAAUACCGAAUCGCUUCGAGGACGAGCGGAAAUGUAUCGGGACAGAAAUGCCGGACUGCUCGAUCUGAUUUACUCGAGAAUGGCGCAUCGAAACUGCACCCACAGCAGUGCCGUCAGAACGUCGAUGAAAACGUCAUCAGCUGCUGUAACCAUUCUCAAUGCCAUAUUGAUUUUUAUUGUAUCCUCAUUCUGCUACAUGUGAUCUCCAUCGACUGAAGCUUUUUUUAGUAUUUGCGAAAAUUUGUGAUAUUAUUUAUUGAUAAGAUAACAAAAUAAAACAACUCAUGCUUAGGAAAAAAAAAAUCUAGU